AUGGUUCACCAAAAUCCAAUAUUUGGUGCCCUUUACUGCGAGGAGGAGCGCUUCAACGACGACAACAGCGAGUCCAUAAUCGAGGAUCUCACCGAGAUUCAAAAAUCCCCUUAUGCUAUUUUGCUUGAAUCCGACUUUUUAUGGGAGGAAGAAGAGCUUAAAAACCUUUUAUUCAAGGAAAAAAAUGAAUCCCCUCUGAAAUCGGCGAGGAGCGAGGCGUUUAGCUGGAUGCUGAAGGUGAUUCGGCGCUACGGCUUCAACGCCGCGACCGCCACCAGAUUUGUCACCAACCGCUGCUUUCAGAGGGAGAAGCCAUGGAUGAGUUGGCUGUCGUCGCGUCUCUCUUUAACUGCCAAAGUGAAGGAGACUCAAGUGCCGAUGAGUCUUUUUUUUGGAGUCAACCACCCAAAUCCUUUAUUUUUAUUAAUGCACAGUAAAAAUGAGAUAAGAGAAGCAAAGGAGUCAGUGCUUGUUGCGUUUUACAGACCGUCUGCCCCCAAGGCUUCGUCCAACCACGCGCUCGCAAGGGAUGGUUGCAACCUUCCUCCUUCACUAAGUGCCGACGUAUAA